AUGUACUAUUACUUUCAACUUUCCUGUGUCCUUGGUUUUCUGGUUACUUGUGCAUGGAAAACGUUGGAUUUCAACUGGUUUCAGCAAGGACAACUCGAGAAGCAACUCCGAUCACAAGGCAUUCCCGGAAAUUCCUACAGACCGGCCAUCGUUGACAUGAGGGAAUAUACCAAGAUGAUUAAAGAAGGUGAAUCAAACAUGUCGGGGAUUGGUCGUUCUUCCGACAACGGCGAUGAUAUUCAUCCAGGAAUUGUUAGUCGUUUCAUAUUUGAAACAGCCAAGAAAUAUGCAUUUUCCACGAUUUGGGUUCUUUUUCGUUUGCUCUGUUUUUUACGUUGCAUCAAGAAAAUGGAUAAAGGCAAUAAGCAGAAGGAAGGAAAUCAAGGAAAAGAACCAGUAGGAUCAAUGGGGCGUCAAGAUUCUUCACGCAAUAAUCCUCCUGUCAAUGAAGAACACCAAACCGUCUCCAAGAACCCAGCUGAAGUUCAUCCUGGUGGUUCUCGCAUUGGAAGUAAACUCUGCCCAACUUCUCAUCGUGGUGAUGCAUUAUCUUCUUCUCAGAAACUUCCUGUUUCGCAGAGCACAGGUCAAAGUCUGAUCAUGGGUGGAACUAAAGCAGAAGCAAUGGGAUUGCAACAUUCUUCCUCCCAGAGAGGAAAUGUAAAACAGGAAACUUUAUAUGCUGCUAGAAACGUGAACUCACAACCCACAACAUUUACUCAGACAGCAUUAUCAAAUUUCAGAAAGCAACAAAUCAAAGACUCUUUGGCAUACAUUUCUGCAAACCACGUGGAAAGAUUGUUUGAGGAAGGAGAAUUGGAGAGUUACAUGGAGACUUUCCAAAUUUAUGAUACAGACAGAUUGACAAGGAAUCACAGAUCAUACAACGUCCUCCUAAAAAUCCUUGACGUCCGAGAAGGAAGCCGUAUGGCAAACAGUAAUGGACUAAUGGCUGGUGCAUCUUCUGUGGGGUCUUUUUCUGAGGUUUUUCUGUUGACAGACACAAACAUGAGCUUGAAGGAAAACUGGGAGCUUCAGGUGUUUGGUUCUUCUGAGCUUACAGAGCCUUAUACUGAUUUCUGA